AUUUGAACGAAAACCCAAAGAAUAAUAGUAUAAUCUGGAUUAGGGUUCUCAUCACCAUCAUGGCAACAGAUCGCAAUUUAAACGAUGGCCUCAUUAGCCCCGUUCCAGAAAAAAGGCUGAAGAUUGAUACAUCACUGUGUGAGUGUACUUCACUAAAAAAAAUUCAAGAAAACAGUAAAAAUAAUCAAACCAUGGAAAAUCCAACACAAGAGACGGGGUUUGAUCAUAACAAUAUGGGUCUUGCUCAAAUUGUGGAGGACCUUGAUAACAAGCAAGAAGAUACUGUAAUGACUGAAGCUGCGCAAAAUCAAGGUAAAGAAAUUGAGAAAAGGCGAAACAAGGCGAGGAGGCGUUCGAAAAGAAAGGGGAAAGGGAGGGAUUGGAAUGGAACAAGUGCUGAGGAUGAAAAGAGGGGAGAUUGUAAGCAGCUAGAUUUUGGGAUGGUUUUUAAAGGUGGGAUUGGGUGCGAGAUGAAAAGGGAGGGGGCUGCUUUUUUCUAUUCGAGAGAUGAGAUGGAGGGUUUGAGGUUUAUCGAUAAGGAUCGUCAGUUGAACAAGUGGGUUGAGGUAUAUUGUGGUCUUGGACCUGUUGUGUCAAAGGAGUAUGAUGCUUUGGUUGCUCAUCAGAAUGAGCAAGACGGGGUCGAUUUUGAUCCGCGCAAGAAUUUGGUGGAAAAAGUUCUUUUGGGUGGAAGGCAUUCUCAUGCUGUGGAUCCCCCGGAUACAGCUUCAGAUCUUAUUGGUUAUGAUUUAGAUAGCUGCACAGGCAAUGAAGAUGACUGCUCUGAGGAUGAUGACAGUGAUGCAGAGUACAAUAGCAUUCAAAGGCCUGCAUUUGUAGUUACUGGAGAACCUAAUUUUGAUGCUGGACCUGCAAUGGAUGGCUUCGAAUAUCUCAGGCGUGUAAGGUGGGAGACUGAACGGGUCCAGAAAGUUACAUUCGCCAAGAUUGAAGAAAGUAAAUUGUGUGAACAGACUGUUUAUAUUCCUAAGAUUCCAGAAAUUGUGCAAUGUCCACAGCACUUACUGCCACUGAAAGAGUGGGAAGCUUCGCUCCUCAAUGAUUUUUCUGAGCUGAGGCUGGCUAUAUCACGGUAUGAGAGUUCUGCUACUAAUGAAGUUACUGGUAAAAUGCAACUUUUACCAAAUAUUCUUGAAGAAGAUUGCUCCACUCAAAUUCUUGAAAGUGCAAAUUCUUACAAUCCAACUGAUGGAACUGUUUCCAUGCACUCGUCAGCUAGGGAUGAAAAGGAUGCUUCCACCAUUGCCAGUCCAAAAAUUUCAAACUCAGAGGAUACGGCUAAUACCCCAAACUUAUCUACUAUUAGUUGUUUAAUCCAAUCUUCUGCUGGUGGCGAAGAUGAUGCUUCUCCAAAAAUAUUAAGCACAGAUGAUAUUGUAAACUCCCCAACCUUGUCUACUGUUCUAGGAAUCGAGCCUGUUGCACGAGUUUCGAUGCUGAAAAAGCGCAUAAAAUUGGCAGAAGACAUGACCUCACUUUCCAAAAAUGAUUGUUUGUGGCUUUUUGCUCUUUGUGCUGCUGUUGAUACUCCACUAAAUGCUGACACAUCUGCAGCUCUUCGGGAUCUGCUACGUAAAUGUUCAAGUUUGCGGGCUGAAAAAUCAGAAUUGAAUGAUGAAGUUGUGAUGCUUAAUAUCCUAGCAACAAUAGCAGGCAAGUACUUCGGGCAAUCAGAUGACUGAAAUUUUCGAUCUAUUAAAGCAGGGGUAUUUUUGUUAGUUGUAAUGGGAAAUUUUGGAUCUAUUAAACAGGUGUAUUUUUGUUAGUUGUAAUGGGUUCAUCAAGAUCUCAAACACUUGAGCUGAGAUAUUUGCAUAAUGUUUGACGUGCGACGAGUAUGGUUCCGAUA